GCCGUCGUGAUUGGUCGAGGCGCACGUCAAUCCGGGACGUAGGCGAAACCAACGUGCUCGCCUCCCGUCGUCGCUCCUUUGUUUACCAGCGAGGGUGUCCGGCGCCGCGGAGUUGAGCGUCUUCUAAGCUUAGCUCGUCCCAAGUCCGACUAACCGGCGACCUCGGCGGCCGAAUGGGUCUCCGCCUUACGCGGCGUCAAACACGACCCCCCUCGUAGGCGUCUCACGAGUUUUUAACCGGUAUCCAUGUCUGACCCGUCGGCUGAUUAGCGCCAGCGCUCAGCGGCGUUGUCUUCCGGCGGAGGGCGUCCGCCGCGGUCGUGUCCGUUCAUGAAAGACUCCAGGGAGCCCUCCAGCCCUGCCGUCCAGGUCGCAAGUCUGGAUCACCUCAAACCAUGCUGGUACUGGGACAAGAAGGACCUGGCCCACACCCCGUCCCAGUCGGAGGGACUGGACCCCGCCACCGAGGCCAGGUACCGCAGGGAAGGCGCACGCUUCAUCUUCGACGUGGGCACGCGGCUGGGGCUACACUAUGACACUUUGGCAACUGGAAUCAUUUACUUCCACCGCUUCUACAUGUUCCACUCCUUCAAACAGUUCCCUCGAUAUGUGACGGCAGGAUGCUGCCUUUUCCUAGCAGGCAAAGUGGAGGAGACUCCAAAGAAGUGUAAGGACAUUAUCAAGACGGCACGCGGCCUGCUGAAUGACAUCCAGUUUGCCCAGUUUGGAGAUGAUCCAAAGGAAGAGGUGAUGGUGCUGGAGAGGAUCCUACUGCAGACCAUCAAGUUUGAUCUGCAAGUUGAGCACCCCUACCAGUUCCUGCUGCGUUAUGCCAAGCAGCUCAAAGGUGACAAGAACAAGGUACAGAAGGUGGUACAGAUGGCGUGGACCUUUGUGAAUGACAGCCUGUGCACCAUGCUGUCCCUGCAGUGGGAGCCAGAGAUCAUAGCAGUGGCUGUCAUGUACCUAGCUGGACGUCUCUGUAAGUUUGACAUCCAGGAGUGGACUUCCAAGCAGUCGUCCCGUCGCUGGUGGGAGCAGUUUGUCCAGGAUGUGCCUGUGGAGGUACUAGAAGAUAUCUGCCACCAAAUCCUGGACCUGUACUCCCAGGGCAAGCAGCAGAUGCCUCAGGGUGCUGGGCUUUCUGGCAGUACAGUGAUAGCGGAGAAACCCCCCUCAUCCAACCCCAACCCCAACCAGCAACAGGCCCAGCCUCCCUCCACCACUACCGCCACCCUCCCUUCUCCUGCACCACCACUGGCCAAGAAAACAUCCCCCCAGGCUAGCCCCCAGAGACAGCUGAAACCAACCCAGCCAUCUCCCAAAGAUGACAGCAAGGCCACAGAGCUCAUGAGCUCCAAGAUCCCCCGACUUGAGCCGCCCAUGCCUCCUCUUCCUACCACACAGCCGCCACCAGAGCACAAACCUCCUCCCUCCUACCUGUCUGCCCCCCUCCCCAGAGAACCAGAACCCUCCUCCAAUCCGUCAGAACCCUCCAAGGUCUCUGCUCCACCUCCACCGCCCCACUCGGUAUCCCUCCACCAGCCGCCACCCUUACCCCAGCGACCCCCCCAGCCUCCGGCCACUGCCGCCUACAUCAUGGGCAUGCCCACCUCCAGCUCCUACAUGUCUGGCGAGGGAUACCAGAACCUCCAGUCCAUGAUGAACACAGAAGGACCAUCAUACACCACCAUGUCCCAGGCGUAUGCGCCCCCGCUUGGCUACCAUGGCCAUACCUACCCCCCUGCUGCCCCACCACCGCCACCCCCAGCUGCCCCCACUUACCACCCUCCUCCAUCCACAACCUAUCCCCACACACUUCCGGCCUACAACCACGGCUACCCAAUGCCACCACCACCCCCUUCUCGCAUGGGGUUAGCCCACAGCCUUGGGUUGCCCCCCUCUGCUAGCGGGUUUCCUCUGCCACCUCCAGCCGGGCAGGGGCAAGUUCCCCCUCCGUUGCCCCCUGGGAUGCCCCCAGUCGGUGGAAUGAGUCGGGGCACAUGGAUGAGGUGA